AUGGGGAAUACCAAUAGCAACCAGUUUAAUUUAGGGGCUCUGGGCCAACUGUCCCAACUUCAGACCAAUGGAGAAUCUACAUAUGGGACGCUGGAUGCACCAGACUUGCCAACUUUCCUCACUGACAACCCUACUCCCAAUGGCUACCCAUGGAGUACUAUGAACACUCGCACAAACUAUUAUCAGGAUCAUCCCAAUACUGGUGUCAUCAGAAAAUACGACUUUACCGUCAAUCGGGCCAAGAUAGCCCCUGAUGGAUAUGAGUUGUCUACAAUUCUUGUCAAUGGACAGUUCCCUGCCCCCCUUAUUGAAGCCAACUGGGGUGACACGAUUCAGGUCACUGUUUACAAUGAACUGGAGGACGAAGGCCUGUCUCUGCACUGGCAUGGAAUUCUCCAGAAAGGCAUGCCCUGGGAAGAUGGCGUUCCUGGUGUUACCCAAUGUCCCAUAGCGCCGGGACACUCAUAUACAUACUCCUUUAUCGCGGACCUCUACGGCACCAGUUGGUAUCACUCGCACUACUCUGCUCAGUACUCAGCGGGAUUGUUCGGACCCAUGGUUAUAUAUGGCCCUCAGGAAAGAAAAGACUACGAUAUUGAUAUCGGGCCUAUCCUGCUGAGCGACUGGUACCACAAAGAGUAUUUUGACCUUGUGGAAGACAUCAUGAAACCUGGCGCUCCCGGCAUUGUCUUUUCUGAUAGCAAUCUCAUCAACGGAAAGAUGAACUUCAACUGCUCCAAAGUCCAACCUGGUGACAAGACACCUUGCAAAAAUAAUGCUGGUAUCUCAAAGUUUCGCUUCAGACGUGGCAAAGUGCAUCGCCUACGCCUUAUCAACCCUAGCGCCGAAGCUAUACAGCGCUUCUCCAUCGACGGCCAUACAAUGACAGUUAUUGCAAAUGACUUUAUUCCAGUCGAACCCUACAAUACAAAAGUCGUUACUCUUGGCAUUGGCCAACGUACAGAUGUAUUAGUCAAGGGCAACGGAAAAUUGGAAUCGUAUUGGAUGCGCAGUAACAUCUCUGCUAACUGCAGUCUGUCCUUUGGUCCGGACGCUCUUGCAGCUAUCUACUACGACAACGCAAAUCACAAAAAGGAGCCCAAGUCAAAGCCAUGGAAUAUACCUGAUCCUGCGACCUGCGCCAAUGAUGAUCUAAGUAUGACAAGACCUUUGAUGAAGCUACCUCUACCUCCAGCCGACAAGACCCUUGAGCUUGAUAUAGAUUCAUUCAAGAACGCAAGCAACAUCACACUCUGGUCGCUGGGUGGUGUGGCGGCAAGGACAAACUACAACAGUCCAACCCUGCUCCUGAGUAAACUUGGGAAUCACACUUUUGACAAGGAGUGGAAUGUGAUCAAUACUGGCAAGGCAAAGAGCGUCCGGGUUGUGGUCAACAACAAGACGCCUGUCGCGCAUCCCAUGCAUAUUCACGGAUUCAACAUGUACGUCCUACACGAAGGACCAGGCGAGUGGGAUGGCACAAUCAUCAACAAACACAAUCCUCAACGGCGUGACGUCGUUCAGAUCCGGGGUAAAGGGCACCUCGUCAUCCAAUUCGACGCCGGGGGUAAUCCAGGUGUCUGGCCGUUCCACUGUCAUAUCGCGUGGCAUGUCUCGGCAGGAUUACUCACACAGUUUCUUACCGAACCGGACAAGGUUGAAAAGCUACGUAUACCAAACGUUGUGGCGGAAACGUGCCGGCAAUGGGGACACUGGACUUUGUCCAAUAUUCCGGUACAGAUUGACAGCGGACUGUGA